AAGUUUGAUGACGUCUACACACCACUUUUUUUUCUCUAUAGAUCUAAGUAGGUGAAAUUCACAUUGGUAUCGCUCAGACUCAGUUAAAAGUUUAUUAUUACAAACAAAAAAAACAACAGGAAAAUACGAUUUGAUAAAAUCAAAAACCUUAAUUGAGUUGUUCGCCUAUUUGUAGCCUAGUGUUUUAGGUCAGAGUAUGUGUUAAACCAGGUGAGUUUAGCAAGGAAAUAAUCUAGACUAGAUUAACUUCACCAUGUUGCCCGAAUGCUCAAUAAGUCACAGACUGCCAACUCUCCGAGUAGUUCUGCUUGUAGCUGUGUUCCUUCCGCCUCAUCUCUGCUCUGGGGAUGAACCACGAACAGCCUGGACUGAUGAUCCUCCACAGAUGAGUACAGAGAAAGUCUUAACAGCGGACGACACAACGAAAAACCAGGCGAGACUUCUGCUGCAGACACUACUCUCUAACAAAUUCAAAUAUGGGCAAGCAGGCGCCACACUGAAUGAUGGACUACUUUCAGGAACUGGUCAACUUGAGUCAAAGGUCGCCAAUAAUGGUCAUGGUAUUCCGGCCAGUCAAAACGGACUAAUGGAGCCUAGUGUCAAUCUGAAUGAUUUGAAGGUUGAGAGUCAGGACCACAUCAGUCAUGAUCUCAAGUUUGUUCCUUUAACUGAACUGCAGAAACAGGACAAUCUUUUACUGGAAAACAAACAAAAUGAAGUCGCUAGACCCAAUCAUUCUUCAGCUGAUGCUUCCAAAAUAGAUCAAAUAGAGGCAACAACAAGACGACCUAACUCUCCUGCUAACAAGAACAUUGCCCUAAAAGAGAAUAUAGCUGCAGCGUCUGACUCUAUUCGUAAUGAUAUUCUGAGUGAAACGUUGCCCAUUGAACGUCUGCUGGACACUAUGAAAGACCUUUCCAUAACGAGCAUGGAGGACCCUGCGAAAAUGAGCAACGCGGAGAACUUGCUACAAAGCGCCAUGAUGUUAUUACGUCAGUCAAAGGCUAGGCUUCCAUUUUUAGAAGAACUCUUUGUAAAAGAAAACAUUAACUUCGAUAAUCGUCAAGUGAAUGAUGAAGACACUAGACGGGAUAUUGUCGCCAGCUUAAAACCUCAAGAACUGGACUCCAGAUUGACACAAGACAAUGGACUGGAUACUGUCAUAAGCUUAAAGGCCAAAGAAGCACCACUGUUUCAUUCCAGGUUGACACCCGAGUCUACUGAUCUUCAAAACUCGUUGAUUCCAAAAACCGAAGAGAAAGUUGCGAAUGCUGCUGCAGAGGCUGCACGGAGAAGCAGACGAGAUUUACAGUCAAUACUGCAGAAUGCAACGAGUCUGAGAAGUAAUGCUACUGGUAUGAACAGCACGUCUGAGCAAGGGAAGCCCCUGGCCGCACAAGAGGAACUUAAAAUAUCACGCAUAGGAUACAUCAUUUUUGAGAAAGACGGGAAAAUCAAAGAAGCAAAAGAAGCCAGCGUGUCAGAACUGAGGAAGCCUAACAACACGAUGACGCCUCAGAGGCUUCAUCGAAAGAAGUUGAUUCAAGCAUGCAGACAUGAAAAUUACAACCGCCCUAUGGGGCAGCCUCACGGACCCCAGAAACUAGGCGGGAACAACCACCCUACGCAAGGGCAGUCGGAUCAGCGUGGAGAUCACAUGAAUCCCAACACCGACUUGGGAAAGAAAUUUUCUGAUGAUCGCUAUAAUUACAACAAACUGUUCGGACCGAACUCCAUUGAGAUUCUAACCAUCCGGGAAGAUGUCAACAAAGGACUUGCCAAAAAAGAAUUCUCCGAUGUCUAUGACGUGCAAGUCAAUGGUCCAGCUGGCAGAGAACAUCAUUCAUUUCUGUCUGCAUUCCACGUCUUGUUGAUUACAGCAAUCUGCAUCUUUACCUUCGUCACCAUCUUGUACCUUUCAUCAAAGUUUAGGUCUGACUCAGGAAAUCCCAAAAGACUCAAUUCCCACACUGCACUGUUUGAAGCCAAUACAAAGUAUGAAAGAUAUUAGUGACCCACCAAAGUACUUUUUUACACGUUUUAAAUUAGAUUUAUGGUUUUCAAUUCAAAAGAGUAUUUUUUUAAUUAUCAACAAUAUUGAUUGAUUUAGUGAGUGAUUCAUUAAAUUUGCUCAACGAUUUCCAGAGAAAUGUUUAACUGACAGAUUCAUUGGCUAACUCAAUAAAAUAUUGAUUGAUAGUUUAAAUCAUCAAUUCGGUCUAGCACAAUGUCUAUUUUCAGUACAGCUUUAGAUCUUUUAUAUUGAAUAAAACACAUUAUGUAUGUAUUGUAAUGGUCUUUUUCAAAUAGAAAAGUUUGGCAUUUAAAAGUCUGUGGAUAAUUAACCAUCGGAACACUGCUACAAGAUGUAAUAAUUAGGCGAUCAGAUGUAUUAAACUAAAAACUUCAGUCUUAAUUCGAAUAGUUCAAAGUAAUGGUUAACUGACUGACAUAAGACCAUGAAGUCUAUUGCUCUCAUUAUAUCAAUAAAUUGUUCUUAAUUUUUUUUUUAUUUAAUGAUUUGUUACCUACUUUAUACAAAUAAAAAAAUAAUAUAUAA